AUGGGUGAAGAGACUUUACUCUUAAAAAUCCCUGAAUAUUUAUGGUUUGCACCUGAAGUUUUAAGAGGGAAAUGUAACGUGUCACAAGCAGCUGAUGUUUAUAGUUACUCAAUUAUCAUGUUUGAGGUCCUCACGCGUAUGGCGCCUUUUGAACUAGAUCUGGAUUUAUUGACGGUUAAAGAGAUUGUUAGUAAGUUACAAGAUGAUGGACUACAACAACCGUUUCGCCCAACAAUGCCUGGUGACACUGAAAAACCAACGAUCAUUGAGCUGAUGAAGGAGUGCUGGGAUGAAUCUUUAUCCAAUAGACCAAUAUUCAAAGCGAUAAAAAAACAACUGAAGGCACUAACUGGAAUUUCAAGCAGCCAUAACAUAUUGGAUUCGCUUCUCAGACGUAUGGAGCAGUAUGCUAAUAAUCUUGAAGAUUUGGUCAGUCAACGAACAGAUGCAUUAAUUGAAGAAAAGAGAAAAUCAGAAGCAUUAUUAGAUCAAGUUUUACCGAGGAGUGUAGCUACAAAGUUAAAAAAUGGUCUUCCUGUCGAUCCAGAAGCAUACCAGUGUGUAACUAUAUACUUCAGUGAUAUUGUUGGAUUCACAGCCAUAUCGGCUAAGAGUAGUGCCAUAGAGGUUGUUGAUCUUUUGAAUGAUUUAUACACCAUGUUUGAUGCCAUUAUUGACAUAUUCGAUGUGUAUAAGGUAGAAACGAUUGGUGAUGCUUAUAUGGUAGUAUCUGGCCUACCUGCAAGGAAUGGGAAUGACCAUGCCAAACAAAUUGCUCAAAUGUCACUAGCUAUUCUUAGAGAAAUCGGUAACUUCAAGAUUCGUCACUUACCCACCAUUACUUUGGAAGCUCGUAUUGGACUGCAUUCAGGGCCAGUCUGUGCAGGUGUUGUUGGGAAGAAGAUGCCACGUUAUUGUCUGUUCGGUGAUACUGUAAACACAGCAUCCCGAAUGGAGUCACAUGGACAAGCAAUGAAGAUUCAUGUUAGUCCGCAGUCAAAGUUGCUCUUAGAUGGCUUUGGAUUAUUCAGUCUGUCAUCAAGGGGCAUUGUUCAAAUAAAGGGCAAAGGAGAAAUGACAACGUAUUGGCUGUUGGGGGAAUCCCCUUCUGUGGGUUGCUCAUUACCAGAGAAUGGAGUCAUGUCUACUGAAAAUGAUUUAAUCUCACUACGAAAUGGUGCUUUUCCAUCCACAAGUAUGAUCUCGCUUAAAAACACUGGUUCUUCGAUCAAAUAUGAAGAUAUUUCAAACAGGAGUUGUGGUAUAUCAGCCAGAAAUGGGACUGGUUCAGCUAGAAAAAUUGAAGUCAAUUAG